AUGUCGCACGAAGGAGAAGAAGAUCUACUGGAGUACUCCGACAAUGAACAAGAGAUUCAGGUAGACUCUAAGGAAGCUGCCAGUGCCGAAGUGGCCAAGGAGACUGACGCUGAGGCUACUGGUGAAGCCAACAAUGCGGAUAAUGAUAAGAAGGGCUCUUACGUGGGUAUUCACUCGACUGGUUUCAAGGAUUUCUUGUUGGAACCUGAAUUGUCCAGAGCUAUCAUUGAUUGUGGUUUCGAGCAUCCUUCUGAAGUUCAACAGCACACCAUUCCUCAGUCCAUUCAUGGUACCGAUGUUCUAUGUCAAGCUAAGUCUGGUUUGGGUAAGACUGCUGUCUUUGUGCUGUCCACUUUACAACAAUUGGACCCUGUCCCAGGAGAAGUUUCUGUUGUGGUCAUCUGUAACGCAAGAGAGUUGGCUUAUCAAAUCCGUAAUGAGUAUUUGAGAUUUUCCAAGUAUAUGCCUGAUGUUAAGACUGCGGUUUUUUACGGUGGUACUCCAAUCGCUAAGGAUGCUGAGCUUCUAAAAAACAAGGAAACCGCUCCUCAUAUCGUGGUUGCUACUCCAGGUCGUUUGAAGGCUUUGGUUAGAGAUAAGUUGAUCGAUCUUUCCCACGUUAAGAACUUUGUCAUUGAUGAGUGUGACAAGGUUUUGGAAGAAUUGGAUAUGAGAAGAGAUGUUCAAGAAAUUUUCAGAGCCACUCCAAGAGAUAAGCAAGUUAUGAUGUUCUCUGCUACUCUAUCGCAGGAAAUCAGACCAAUUUGUAGACGUUUUUUGCAAAACCCAUUGGAAAUCUUUGUCGACGAUGAGGCUAAGUUGACUCUACAUGGUUUGCAACAGUACUACAUCAAGUUGGAAGAACGUGAGAAAAACCGUAAGUUGGCUAAACUAUUGGACGACCUAGAGUUUAAUCAAGUUAUCAUCUUUGUGAGAUCUACUUCAAGAGCUAACGAAUUGACCAAACUAUUGAACGCUUCUAACUUCCCAGCUUUGACUGUCCACGGUCACAUGAAACAAGAAGAACGUAUCGCUCGUUACAAAGCUUUUAAAGAUUUUGAAAAACGUAUCUGUGUGUCCACCGAUGUCUUUGGUAGAGGUAUCGAUAUUGAGCGUAUUAACCUUGCUAUCAAUUACGAUCUAACCACUGAAGCUGACCAAUACCUGCACCGUGUCGGUAGAGCUGGUAGAUUCGGUACCAAGGGUUUGGCCAUUUCUUUUGUCUCUACAAAGGAGGACGAAGAAGUUUUGACCAAGAUUCAAGAACGUUUUGAUGUCAAAAUUGCCGAAUUCCCAGAGGAAGGUAUUGACCCAUCAACUUACUUGAACAAUUAG